UCUAACUCAAUCUGUUUAUCGAAAGUGUCAGCAAGCACGUGUUGGAUAUCACAGACUCUAAGUGUCUAUCAAUAGUUAUAUUAAUCUUUAAAAUAUACAGUAUAUUUAAACCUUUCUGUUUUUAUUGAAUCAAAUAAAAAUGUCGAAAAUAUUCACUCCAACAAAUCAAAUAAGACUCACAAAUGUGGCGAUAGUGCGGAUGAAAAAAGCAGGGAAAAGAUUCGAAAUUGCUUGUUACAGGAAUAAAGUUGUUUCUUGGCGCAAUAAUAUAGAAAAAGAUAUUGAUGAGGUGUUACAAACACAUACUGUUUUCACAAAUGUAUCCAAAGGACAAGUAGCCAAAAAAGAAGAUCUUAUCAAGGCUUUUGGGAAAGAUGACCAAACUGAAAUUUGCAAAGACAUUUUAGCUAAAGGUGAAUUACAAGUUUCAGAUAAAGAGAGACAUUCAGCAUUAGAUGCCAUGUUCAAAGAUAUUGCUACUACAGUCGCAGACAAAUGUGUAAAUCCUGAUAGUAAACGUCCAUAUUCUGUAUCAUUAAUUGAAAAAGCUAUGAAAGAUGUGCAUUUUUCAGUGAAACCAAAUCGUAAUGCAAAACAACAAGCUUUAGAACUCAUUCCGCAAUUGAAAAAUGUGAUGCCAUUAGAAAGAGCACAGAUGAGACUAAAAAUGUCAAUUUCUGGAAAAGAAGCUCGUAAAAUAAGGGAAAAAUUAGUGAAGUUAAUUGCAACAAUCGAAAAUGAAGACUGGAAUAGUGGAACAUUAGACAUGGUAUGUCUAAUUGAUCCAGGUCACUAUAGAGCAAUUGAUGAAAUAGUAAGAUCAGAAACCAAAGGCUCUGGUUUCAUUGAACUGUUGAGUUUGAAAGAAAUUACAGAAGGUGAUGAAGUUCUAGAGUAAU